AUGACCAAAGUUACCGUAUUGGGCGCUGCCGGUGGUAUCGGACAGCCGCUAUCGCUACUGCUUAAAAUGUCGCCAUACGUGUCGAGACUGGCGCUUUACGAUUUGAGGCUGGCACCGGGAGUGGCACGUGACCUGUCGCACAUCAACACCAACUCUAAAUGCACGGGCUACGACAAGGACGAGCUGCGCGAGGCUUUGGACGGUGCGCACAUCGUCGUCAUCCCUGCUGGUGUUCCCAGAAAGCCCGGCAUGACGCGCGACGAUCUGUUUAAGAUCAACGCCGGGAUCGUGGCCAACCUGGUGAGCGCUACCGCCAAAUACGCGCCAAGCGCGCGGAUCCUGGUUAUCUCCAACCCAGUCAACUCGACUGUUCCCGUGGCGUGUGAAACGCUAAAAAAAAUGGGUGUAUUCCAGCCAGGCAAGGUCAUGGGCGUCACGACGCUGGACGUUGUCAGAGCUCAGACGUUUCUCAGCGACUCUUUGGGCGCCGAUCACUAUUCUCGUGAGUCCAUGAAGCGCCACGUGACAGUGGUUGGUGGUCAUUCGGGCACCACCAUUGUUCCAAUCGUGACGGACCCCAAACUGCGGUCGAAACUUGUGAGUCGUCGUUUGUACGAUUCUUACAUUCAUCGGGUCCAAUUUGGCGGCGACGAAGUUGUGGAAGCGAAACAAGGCGCUGGGUCAGCCACUUUAUCUAUGGCUUUGGCCGGUUUCCAAUUCGUAGACCAGAUUUUGCGCAGCAUACACUUGGAAAAGCCAGAUGUGGCUCCAUUGCCUGCGUUUGUGUAUUUGCCAGGUAUCGAAGGCGGGAAGGAAUUACAGUCGAAACUCAACACCCGUGCGGAAUAUUUUGCUGCACCCGUGGAAUUGUUGAGAGGGGACGUGGUCAAGAUCGAUUCUCAAUGGCUAGAAAAACUGGGCGAUUUGGAAAAGAAAUCGUUAGCGGUGUGCCUGGGAGAGCUCGACACAAACAUCCAGAAGGGUAGAAGGUUUGUACAAAGCAAGUUGUAA